AUAAAAUCCACGCGCGAUACCCCCACAACAUAUCACUUGUUAACUGGUGAAGUAAUCUGAGGUUAAUUACAAGUAGAACUUGAAACAAUGGUUGGACCAGCAAGGCCACAGUUUGUGUUGUUCGGUUCCUCAAUAGUUCAACUUGGCUUUCUUCUAGAUGGUUGGGCUUCGGAUCUUGCACACUAUUACGCUCGCAAGGCAGACAUAUUCAUGCGAGGAUAUUCUGGUUGGAAUUCAAGGCAAGCGCUAGAAGUUGUGAAACAAGUUUUCCCAAAGGAUGAUGCAGUAAAACCAUCUCUGGUGAUUGUUUAUUUUGGAGGUAACGAUUCAGUACUUUAUGAUCCAGAUGUCCCAAGUUCUCAUGUACCACUUGAUGAAUAUGUUCAAAACAUGAGGAACAUUGCUACCUAUCUACAGAGCCUUUCAGAGACCACACGCCUAAUAUUUCUUACUGCCCCUCCAGUAAACGAGGAACAAAUGAAAGAAGUUCUAGGUAUUGAGAAUCGCAAAAAUGAACUGUGCGGAAUAUACUCUGAUGCUUGUCUAGCCUUAUGCAAAGAAAUGAAUAUCAAGGCUAUUGAUCUUUUCACCUUAAUUCAACAACGACCUGACUGGUUGACAACCAGCUUUCUAGAUGGGAUACAUUUUACAGCAGCUGCGAGUGCAACAGUGGCAAGUGAGAUACGACUAGCAAUUUUUCAAGCUGACUGGACACCGAGUUUGCGUUGGGAUUUGUUGCCUACCGAAUUUGAUGUCGUUGUUGCUGCCAGUGCCGUAGGUUAAGAUUUGUUUAGGUUUAUUGAAUAAAAUGUGAGGUUUAAUGACAAAAAUAAUGUUUAGUAUGUUUGUGGGUUUAUGUUGUUUUCUUCCCUAUUGUUGGUUUGGAUUAAUUAUGUCUUUGCCUAUGGAGUUUGUUGAUUGGUCUUGAUGGCAGUGCCAUGAGGAC